ACUAAAUGUUAUAUUUGAGUUUAAAACUACAUGGUAGUUUAUUUUUAAGUCACCGCAGAUUGCUUUUAUAAGAUAUCCACACUCUUUCCACAGGAGAGACACGGGGACACUGUGACAAAUCCGAGGAGAUUUCUUUUUUUUUUUCCUUUUUAAUUUUUGCGCAUCAGAGAAAUCGAGGGGAAUAUCUGGCCAAAGAUGAACACCAUCGUGUUUAACAAGCUGAGCAGCCAGGUCCUGUUUGAGGAGAAGGCGAAAGAGGUGGAAAUGAGCAGCAGAAAUUAUCUAGAAGUGAUCGACGGGCAACAUCCAGACCUCCUCUCCAGCAACCAGACCAUCAGAGACAACCAGGCCAUCCGACACAGGCGGAGCGGGGGUCGUCCCAGCGGCGGGAAAGUGCGACACAAGCGCCAGGCCCUGCAGGACAUGGCGCGGCCGCUCAAGCAGUGGCUCUACAAGCACAGAGACAACCCCUACCCCACCAAGACGGAGAAAAUCCUGCUGGCCCUCGGCUCACAAAUGACCCUGGUGCAGGUCUCCAACUGGUUUGCUAAUGCCAGGAGGCGACUGAAGAACACGGUGAGGCAGCCAGACCUGAGCUGGGCACUCCGGAUCAAACUCUACAACAAAUAUGUCCAGGGCAACGCCGAGAGGCUGAGCGUCAGCAGCGAGGACAGCUGCUCAGACGACGGGGACAACCCUCAGAGGACACAGAGCGGCCCCGAGGAGCUCAACAAGCCCAUGUACCAGAGUGUGAUCAAGAAGGAGGGCUCCUCCAUGGUGGGCAUGGCCAUGGGUAUGGGAAUGGGAAUGGGUAUGGGUAUGAGCAUGAGCAUGGGAGCGGGGCUGCGCUCGGCCGCCUCACUGGCCGAGGACUACGUGUCUCCACCCAAGUACAAGAGCAGCCUGCUGCACCGCUACCUGAACGACUCGCUGCGCCACGUCAUGGUGGCCAACGCCGUCAUGGACGCUCGCAAGAGGAACCACUCCGGCUCCUUCAGCUCCAACGAGUACGACGACGAGCUGCUCUCACCGUCCUCCUCUGAGGCUGAGGCGAACUUUGUUUAUCGGGCUGAAACCACAGACCAUGGAUCAAGUAAAUCUGCGCAGAAGGAGAAGGUGAAGGGCAAAGACGAGACGUACUGGAGAGAGAUCAACGCCGCCAUGGCCUUGACCAACUUGGCGCAAGGGAAGGAUAGCGCCUCUGGGACCACCAGCUGCAUCAUCCAGAAGUCCUCCCAUAUAGCAGAGAUCAAGACUGUUAAAGUGCCGCUGAUGCAGAAAUAUUAGCCCUGACGUCAUCCUCCCAUCUCUCUAUGCAAACCAGCAAACAUUCCUGUUUCAACAAGCUCGCCGGAGUCCAAAUAAACUCCCAAAGACGUGAAAAGAGAACUGUUGUUUAGGGAGGGGAGGGGGUGUUUGAGGCGAGGAAGUGUGGAACAUAAAGACAUUCUUUUUGGUUGUUAUUGGUGUCUAAAAAAGUGCAAAAGAGGCCUUGACCAUCAUUUUUUUGCUGCGUUGACAGACAAAUGUUGAUGAGUUCCACUGCAGUAUUUCCUAAAACAAGACACUUUUGUAAUGUUAACUUAUUUUUGAUGAUUUUUUUUUUAUUUGUCCUUUUUUAUGCUACAAAACUUGUAUUUUUGCCGAAAGUGCCUUUGUUAUUUAGACAAAUAAUUUGCUGACUGUGGUCAAUGCAAAGUACAGAUACUGAGGUGCCUCUUUGGAAUAUUGGACUAAGUUUAGUGUCACAGUCAUGAUUCAUUCAGGAUUUGUGAAUGAAAACUCCCCAUUACAGCCUGUGCCUUAAGGACUGGAUGAGCUCACCAUCUGAGGCCCUGAUGAACUCAAAUAGCACACAUACACAUACACAU